AGCAAUGGGGGAUGAUCCAAUUUGUUAUUCCCAAUUUUGCAAACUGUUGGAGACAGAUUUCAAGGAAGUCACUAUUCCUAAGGUUACAAGGCUAACAAAGUGUGACAUAUGUGUCAUUCUAAAAGAGGAGAAGCAAAAGACCUUGGAUAAAACAGAGAGAAAUUACUAUGAUGUUCUUUACAACCAACAUAAUCAGCUUCAAAGGGAAGAGCGUGAGAAGUAUUAUAAACACCGUGCCAAAGCUGAAUCAGAUCCUAAAAAAUAUGCAUGCAUUAUAAUUGAUGGAAUGGAUCAGAUGAAACUAAUGAUCCCACAACUCCUUCAUCAAAUGAAAGCAUAUUCAAGUGCAUGGAAGUUGAAAACACAUCUUACCGGAAAUGGAUAA